AGGCGAUUGCGUCAUCGAUUUGACUUCCAAGACCAGAAGUGCAGUUUCGGAGAUUAGACACGCAAUUGUGCAGUGCGCUCAGGUCUCAUGGUGAGGGAUGUCGCAAGAUCAUCCGUGCCUCCACCUCGCGUGCAAGUGCAAUAUAUUUUCUGACCCGGUGGACCUCAUAGCUUUGGUCAUGCAGACGAGCGGUGGUCGAACCUCGUUUUCGACAUGAGGAUGGCUUGACAAUGAGGGUUAUUGCUCGUGGAGGGCCUAAAUCUACAUUAUCAAAAUUAGUCAAGAAUGAUCGCAUCAAAGCAAGUGAUUUUCUGUUCAUCGAAAUCAUCUAUAUCCCGAUCGACAAUUAUGGAUUUGACUCGAUACAAUGAGCUGGGAUUUAGGGUUUAAGCCAGGCGUGACCGAGAGCAGUGUUGAGGUUUUGUGAAAAUUUUAGUGGGCUCAUCUGGAGUAUGGAAAUUAGGAUGCUUGCGGAUUGAGUAAUGCAGGGUGUUUUAAAUAGUUUGAGCGAAGGUACGGAUUCCAGGUAGCGUCACGCUUUGAAUGUAGUUAGUUUUAAGGAUUCAACGAUGAACAAGCCAGGCGGUCCCCAGGUUGGUGGUGUAGGUGGUGGGGCAGGGUUUGGAGUAGGAAAUUCAGGAGCGGCAGGACCAACAGCCACAGCUGCAGCUGCUGCAGCACAAAGACAAAGAACUUUGCUACAAAGAGCUGAUGCUGAUAUCGGAAAUCUGUUGGACAACUUCAGUCACUUGAUGAAGGCAGCUAGGGUAAACGACCCCGUCAGGAAUUCUCAGGAGUCCUUUCAAAUGGAAGUUCACGCAGCCAGAGUGGUUCAAGCAGCAGAUUCACUCCUCAAGCUGGUAUCUGAACUUAAGCAAACAGCUGUCUUUUCUGAUUUUAUUGUUCUCAAUGAACACAUCGAAAAGCGUAGCGCUAAGUUUGUGCAGCUCAGUGACGAUACAGAACAGCUGCUUGUUGGUGUUGGAGACCAGAUAGCAGCGUCUCUGCAAGAGCUCGAGUCUCAUUACUACAAUUCACCUCAUCGAAAUCUCACAGAAGUGGCCGACAACUCUAAGAUGAGCGGGGACCAACAAGAUAUGUGAUAUCCCCACAGAUUCUUUUUUUUAGAAUUUAGUCAGCCAUCCAGCCAGGAGCACCGAUCUGCGACUGGUAUAGAAUCCCAUGGAGUAUCAGGUUGUCUCCUUGAACAGUCUGCUUUGGAGCCAAAAUUGACAGAAGAUUGAUUUCUCGUAAGUGGAUCACCACUCCUGGCGUUCUGCUCUAUCAGAACAGCGAUUAGUGUAAUUAGUGACCUGGAAUAAGAUGUGUACAGUACAAAAUCUUUCCUGCCUCCGUGUUGUAGAACGAAGUUUCAUUCUUACGACCUCUCAUUUCGUCAGUUGAAUAAGUCAACCUGUAGCUACGAAGUUACCACAACUAGGAUAUCGUUUGGACUUUAUGACAAGCCUUUUGAAGAAUGGAACAUAAGUACCACAAUUGAACAUCUAAGGGCUCGUCAGGCUGCAUGCAUUUUUUGCACCGAAACCUGGAAUGAUCUGAAAGAGCGAAAGAUGUCAAAGAGCACGGCAAAAAGCCUACGUACUCCACAGUUGGGUCAGAGCUAGAUAGACCACCGUUAACUGACACUUCGACCGAGUGAGACCUAUUACAGGCAGCGGACAAGAUUGUAAAUCCUCUGAGACACAAGUUAGUCUUACAGAAGUGUCACUUGUCUUAAUUUCGUCUCGUCCUGCGUCCCAUCAAAAGAGGCGAUCACAUUACACUUCAAUCAUAUAAAAUUUUUCACUUUUC